AAUGCUCUCUGUAUACAAACGUGUUCUUUCCAUACUUAUCACGAUAGCAGAUAAUGUUAUCACCGGUUAACAGAGAAUGUUGUUUACAAAGGGCUGUUAACACUGUUCUGUAUAUAUCAUGUGGUAACGGUGUGGACUGGUGUUAGUGUCCUUUGAAAUCCGCUCGUAUAACAUCCUACUUUUAUAUUCAGAAUAAAACAUUGUGUAUUCCGUAAACUGCUGUGUGCACAACGACAUCACCAAGUAAGAUGGCAUUUAAUUUUAGCACAGAACAAGAUUUGGUUAAAGAAGCUCUGGAGGUUUUCAAUAAGGAAUUUAUAGGUCAGGUACCAGAAAUUGCAGCAUGUGCUCCCGGAAGAGUAAAUUUAAUAGGAGAUCAUACGGAUUACAAUGAUGGAUUUGUUUUUCCCAUGGCUCUCCCAUUGCUGACAGUGAUCGUUGGUAAGAAGAAUGAUACAGACAAGUGUGUGGUUGUGACUGAAGCAAAGGAUGCUGACAAACCUAUGAAAGUAGAGUUUUCAGUGCCGACCAAGGAGACACUUGCUCCAGGGAAACCAAAAUGGGCCAACUACAUCAAAGGAGUUGUACAGUAUUUCAGAGGUACAGUUGUUGGAUUCAAUGCAGUUAUUGUAACCAGUGUCCCAAUUGGUGGUGGUUUAUCAAGCAGCGCAGCACUUGAAGUAUCUGUGUACACCUUCCUGGAAGCUCUAACAGGAGAAACUGGCACUAUGAAGAAAGAUAAGGCUCUCCUCUGUCAGAAAGCAGAACAUGAAUUUGCUAAUAUGCCUUGUGGUAUCAUGGACCAGUUCAUCUCUGUAAUGGGGCAGUCUGGAACUGCCUUGCUUAUUGACUGUCGGUCAAUGCAAGAAACUGCUAUACCAAUUAGUGAUCCUGAACUUGCUGUUAUAAUUACCAACUCAAAUGUAAAGCGCAGUUUAGCAAGCAGUGCAUAUGCUGAACGGCUCGAACAGUGUCAGUCAGCUGCCAAGACUCUUGGGAAAUCCAGCUUGCGUGAUGCCAGUGAAAAUGAUGUUGAAGGUCUCAGAGAAAAACAUCCAUUACUCUACAAACGUGCAAAGCAUGUAGUUACAGAGAAUAGUCGCACAGAACAGGCAGCAGAGGCACUCAAGCAAGGUGACCUAAAAACAUUCGGUGAACUCAUGACUGCCAGCCAUGAAUCUCUGAAGACAGACUAUGAAGUAUCCUGUACAGAGCUGGAUGAACUGGUGGCUGCAGCCUUGGAAGUUGAUGGUGUACUGGGUUCACGUAUGACCGGAGGUGGCUUUGGAGGUUGCACAGUUACUCUGGCUCCUAAAACCAUAGCAGAUAAAGUAAUUGAAAACAUGAAGAAGAAGUACAAGGGGAAGCCAACAUUCUAUAUAACAGAACCAUGUGAAGGGGCCCGAGUUCUGACACUCCCAGAAUAGCACUGGACUAUGGGUCCUAAUCAGUGCAUACCUACAAACAUGCACAGGCCUACCGAUGCCAAAAGAAUUAUGUACAUUUUUAUAUUCAGUUACUACAUUGGGGGAGGUACCAAUCUGCAGAAUACUGUAGCAUUUAUAUUACUUUGUUCAUGGUACAUUUUACAUUUCAGGCAGCAUUAUUGUGUGUUCAUAUAUUUGACCAGAUAGAAGCUGCACGCCAAAACUUUAUAAUAUUGAAAUAAAAAAUAUUUUAUGCAUAACAUAAUGUACAACACUCAACAAGUUCACAUUGCUCCAUGUGGUUACGUUUCGCUUAGUGGGGGGGGUGGAGUCCAACUGGGUCCACUCGGCAUAGCGGCCACUGAUUGGCCUAUUGUAGC